AUGCCUCACUAUCACAGCUCCUCUAGCUCCAGCAGCGGCGGAGAGCGAGUCUACCACAACUCACGCCGAGAGGAUCGCAACCGCAAGGACACUCGACCGGUGCCAAAACGUGAAGUUGUCAUCAUCCACCACCACACCACCACUCAGGAUGAUCCCGUACGCACCUCUGACAUGGUCCACAACCGAUGGAAAUGA